AGUUGUGCUCCUUAUCUUCUUCCUGUCUGCAGACAUGGUCCUUGACCAGCAGGUGAGCUCAGGCCAGCUGAAUGAAGAUGUGCGCCACAGGGUUCAUGAAGCACUGAUGAAGCAGCAUCAUCACCAGAAUCAGAAGAAGCUCACCAACAGGAUUCCCAUUGUCCGAUCUUUUGCUGAUAUUGGCAAGAAACAAUCAGAACCAAAUUCCAUGGAUAAAAAUGCAGGUCAGGUUGUUUCUCCUCAGUCCGCUCCGGCCUGUGCUGACAAUAAGAACGACGUUAGCCGAGAAAGCAGCACCAUUGACUUCAGCAAGGGACUGGGAGGCCAACAAAAGGGGCAUACUAGUCCAUGUGGGCUGAAACAAAGGCAUGAAAAAGGACCUCCACAUCAGCAAGAGAGAGAGGUUGAUCUGCAUUUUAUGAAAAAGAUCCCACCAGGUGCUGAGGCUUCAAACAUCUUGGUGGGAGAACUGGAGUUCCUGGACAGAACUGUGGUUGCCUUUGUUAGGCUGUCUCCCGCUGUCCUGCUCCAAGGACUGGCUGAGGUUCCAAUCCCAAGCAGAUUUCUGUUCAUUCUUCUGGGACCCCUGGGAAAGGGUCAACAGUACCAUGAGAUUGGCAGAUCAAUUGCAACCUUAAUGACUGAUGAGGUAUUUCAUGAUGUCGCAUACAAAGCUAAAGACCGUAAUGAUUUAGUGUCGGGAAUUGAUGAGUUUCUGGAUCAGGUGACUGUUCUCCCUCCUGGAGAAUGGGACCCAAGCAUCCGAAUAGAACCUCCCAAAAACGUCCCUUCCCAGGAGAAGAGGAAGAUUCCUGCUGUGCCAAAUGGAACAGCAGCUCAUGGGGAAGCUGAGCCACAUGGGGGACAUAGUGGGCCUGAACUCCAGCGAACUGGGAGGAUUUUUGGGGGACUUAUAUUAGAUAUCAAAAGAAAAGCUCCAUUCUUCUGGAGUGACUUCAGAGAUGCUUUCAGCCUGCAGUGCUUAGCAUCUUUCCUGUUUCUCUACUGUGCGUGCAUGUCCCCUGUCAUCACAUUUGGAGGACUGUUGGGAGAAGCAACCGAAGGUCGAAUAAGUGCAAUCGAAUCACUCUUUGGAGCAUCUAUGACUGGGAUAGCCUAUUCUCUUUUUGGUGGACAGCCUCUUACCAUAUUAGGCAGUACAGGACCUGUUUUGGUGUUCGAAAAGAUAUUGUUUAAAUUUUGCAAAGAAUAUGGGCUGUCGUACCUGUCUUUACGAGCCAGCAUCGGGCUUUGGACUGCAACCCUAUGUAUCAUACUUGUGGCCACCGAUGCAAGUUCCCUUGUCUGCUAUAUCACCCGGUUUACUGAAGAAGCUUUUGCUUCUCUCAUUUGCAUCAUUUUUAUCUAUGAAGCCCUAGAGAAGCUGUUUGAACUCGGAGAAGCCUAUCCAAUCAAUAUGCACAAUGAUUUGGAGCUGCUGACACAGUACUCAUGUAACUGCAUGGAGCCACAUAGUCCCAGCAAUGAUACACUGAGGGAAUGGAAGGAGUCCAACAUUUCUGCCUCUGACAUAAUAUGGGGGAACCUAACCGUGUCUGAGUGCAGAUCACUGCAUGGGGAGUAUGUCGGGCGAGCCUGUGGCCAUGGCCACCCUUAUGUGCCAGAUGUCCUCUUUUGGUCUGUGAUCCUGUUCUUCUCCACAGUCACCAUGUCAGCCACCCUGAAGCAGUUCAAGACCAGCCGAUAUUUCCCAACCAAGGUUCGAUCCAUAGUGAGUGAUUUUGCAGUUUUUCUUACAAUUCUGUGCAUGGUUUUAAUUGACUAUGCCAUUGGGAUCCCAUCACCAAAACUACAAGUACCAAGUGUUUUCAAGCCUACCAGAGAUGACCGUGGAUGGUUUGUUACACCUUUAGGUCCAAACCCAUGGUGGACAAUUAUAGCUGCUAUUAUCCCAGCUUUGCUUUGUACUAUUCUAAUUUUCAUGGACCAACAGAUUACAGCUGUCAUCAUCAACAGAAAAGAGCAUAAGCUAAAGAAAGGUUGUGGCUACCACCUGGAUCUAUUAAUGGUGGCUGUCAUGCUUGGGGUGUGCUCCAUUAUGGGUCUGCCGUGGUUUGUGGCCGCCACAGUCCUCUCCAUCACUCAUGUCAACAGCCUGAAGCUGGAAUCAGAAUGCUCCGCUCCAGGGGAACAGCCCAAGUUUCUCGGCAUUAGAGAGCAGAGGGUGACUGGGCUCAUGAUUUUUAUUCUUAUGGGUUCAUCAGUUUUUAUGACCAGUAUUCUGAAGUUUAUCCCCAUGCCAGUGUUAUACGGCGUGUUUCUUUAUAUGGGCGCUUCCUCUCUAAAGGGAAUUCAGCUAUUUGAUAGGAUAAAGCUCUUCUGGAUGCCGGCCAAACAUCAGCCAGACUUUAUCUACUUAAGGCAUGUGCCUCUCCGGAAAGUCCAUCUCUUCACAGUCAUUCAGAUGAGCUGUCUUGGCCUGUUGUGGAUAAUCAAAGUUUCCAGAGCUGCUAUCGUCUUUCCUAUGAUGGUGUUAGCCCUGGUAUUUGUGAGAAAACUGAUGGACUUCUUGUUUACCAAACGGGAACUCAGCUGGCUUGAUGAUCUAAUGCCAGAGAGUAAGAAGAAGAAACUUGAGGAUGCUGAAAAAGAAGAAGAACAAAGUAUGCUAGCCAUGGAAGAGGAGGGCACAGUACAACUCCCACUGGAGGGACACUACAGAGAUGACCCAUCUGUAAUCAAUAUUUCUGAUGAAAUGUCAAAGACUGCCAUGUGGGGAAACCUUCUGAUUACUGCUGACAACUCAAAAGAAAAGGAGUCACGCUUUCCUUCUAAAAGCUCCCCUUCCUAAUCACUCUAGAAGCUGAUUCCCCAAAGCAUUGAAAGCCGAAAAGAGAAGAAAGCUGACUCAGGGAAAGGUGUUGACAGGGAGACUUGUCUAUGACUUGAUCUUCAAUUUAUUUUUUACAUACAUAUGAGAAGAGUGUCACAAUUAUUAAUAAAACUGCUUUGAUCAUGUAUUGUAAAUCCUGUCUCCCAUCCCAAAUCCUCCUUCAUACUGUAAGUAGUGCAGCCCUUGUUUCAUUUCUGUGUUUAAUCUCUGAGCAGUGCAACACCCUUGUGAGCAGAACUGAUAGCUAAUGCAAGUUUCCAUGUUACUGCUAUAAGUAAGACAUUCCCCAACACAGGAUUCUCUUUGUCAGCAUUAUGAGAACAAUGC